UACACACUAGUAUAUAAAGUGAGCUUCUAAAGCUCGCGCCGCCGCAUCGAUAUCACCUUCUAGGCUUCUACCAGCAGCCGAGCACCGGAAAGCGGAAAGAAGCAAAAUUAGCGGUGUGUCACUGCCAUCUACGGUGGUGUGUCGCUCCAAUCUACGGUAAGCAUAAAUGGCAACAGUUCCGGAUUCCCUGGUCUGGCAGAUCGUGAGGAAGAAUAACUCCUUCCUGAUCAAACAGUUUGGCAAUGGCAAUGCGAAGGUUCAGUUCAGCAAGGAGCCCAACAAUCUCUACAAUGUUCACUCCUACAAGCACUCUGGCCUUGCCAACAAGAAGACCGUGACAGUGCAGCCAGCCAGUGGCAAGGAGGCUGCGGUGGUCCUCUCGACAACCAAAACAAAGAAGCAAAACAAGCCUGCCAGCCUCCACCACAAGUCUGUCAUGCGCAAGGAGUUCCGCAAGAUGGCCAAGGCUGUCAAGAACCAGGUCGGUGACAACUACUACAGGCCUGAUCUUACCAAGCCAGCUCUUGCAAGGCUGAGUGCAGUGUACCGGAGCCUCCAGGUUGCCAAGUCUGGAGUCAAGAAGAAGAACAGGCAGGCAAACUAAGACAACAAUGGUCAAUGACUCAUUUUGUGCUAUCAAAAACAUUGUGGAUGGGUGGCGUUUAUACAGCUUUCAAGAUUUGGAGUAUGAGGAAAUGUGCUUAUAACCUGCUAUGGAUUUUCAUAGUUGACUCCACCUUUGUAUAAUUGUACCGGUGACAUAUUAUUGAGCCUAUGAAAAUAUUUUAUUAGUUCGUAUGGCCUUUGGUUAUUUGUGUUGCUGCCCUCUGAGGUUCUCUUGGAAACAUUAUUGUUUACAUCCUCUUGUGCUGAGUUUUGAAAAAUGUUCUGCCUUGUAAUUGGUCUAAAAAGACAUCAAAGCAACAAGCUGUACAAGUACUGCUUAAUCAUGUCACUUGGAAAAUUCGAGGUCUGUUGCUUCAA